AAUUAUGUUGGUAGCGCAUAGCGAUAGUAUUGUGGUAGUGGCCAUGUUUGUUGUGCUGCUGCUGCCCUCUCCAGCCCGCCCGCUGAACCUCCCGACCUAGGUCUCUGGCUCUCUCCUUCGCUGAUUUUUGUGAGCGACAGAAUGUUCUCCCGUGCUGCCUCCACCUUGGUUCGUCAUGUGUCUCGCUCAGGCACUAGAGCAUAUUCUGAUGCCCCAAUGGCCUUUACGUUUGCCUCCCAAAGCCAAGUUUUUUACAAUGGAGCAAAUGUAAGGCAGGUUGAUGUACCAUCAUUUUCUGGCAGUUUUGGUAUCUUGCCUUCACAUGUUCCAUCUCUAGCUGUAUUGAAACCUGGUGUCCUUACAGUAUAUGAGUCUGAUGGAACUGCCAAAAAAUACUUCGUCAGUUCUGGCAUAGUGACAAUCAAUGAGGAUUCCUCCGUUCAGGUUCUUGCAGAGGAGGCUGCUGGAUUAGAGGAACUUGAUCUUGGUGCAGCACGAGAUAUUCUCUCCAAGGCUCACACUGAGGCAAAUGCUGCUGCAAGUGAAGAGGCUAAGGCUGAGGCUUUGAUUAAGGUGGAAGUAGCAGAAGAAUUGGUUAAGGCUGCUGAAUCUGGAUAAACACCAACACAAAUGUACAGUACAGCUACUUUGUACUUUGGGGCAAGCGUUAUUUUGUAAUGUGUGAUGAUUUUCAGAUACAGUACAGCAUAAAGUUCGUACAAUUUACCUUACUAGAAGAAGUAAUGACCAUAUAUUUCUCAAUUUCAGUUCAUUCCAAGAUAUUUUAGAAUAUCUUAAAUACACAUUGUGAAAAACAUGAACCUAAUUAAUUGCUCUAUAGUAUAAGGUAUUGUACAGUUUAUAAUGUAAAUAAAUAAUGUAAAAUUUUG